AUGAACCAGCCGAAAGAGAUUCGCCAAAAUUCACUCUCCGAAAGCGAGGUGCUAUACAUCGCACUUGAUACAGGUCCCAUUGUCGAUCCUACCAUGGCCACCGAGCACGAAAAUACGUUUCAGCCCUUCACUCCGCCAAAGUUGCUUGUCCUCAAGAUCGGCGAUCAGGUCGAGCUGCUAAUAGAUAUUGACGAUACGCUCUUGAAGGGGAAUCUCGGUCGCGUGCUUGGGUUCUACAAUGCCACUCAGGUAGCCAUCUCCAAAGACGGAAGCAUUUAUCAAAACAGCUCCGUGCUGGAGGUGACUGGAUUGAAAAAUCACCCCCUAGUUGCGUUUAAUGUGCCUCUAGGAGUCCGCAAACUUCUCAUUAUGCGCGAAAGAUUCCGAAUUGAACUGCGAGGCGGACAGGGGGAGAUGUAUAGGACUCAACUCCCACUGGCGGUGCAUUAUAUUAAUGGUGAUAUUUGA